GGUUGUGAGUUUUCGGAGGACUCCGAGAGGCAUCUUCCCCGAUCGAACUCUGCGCUCCGGUUUUCCUGGUGUGCUCCGGUGCCCGGGGGCGGGGGGGACGAGCCGAGAAGCGACAAGAGUAGACAGACAGUCGGCUGGAAGAUUGCAGAUUCUGGGCAUUAUGGAUCCAAGCCUAUUGAGAGAUCGAGAGCUGUUCAAAAAGCGAGCUCUUUCCACUCCUGUGGUAGAAAAACGUGCUGUGCCUUCUGAGUCACCCUCCUCCUCUUCAUCCAAGAAGAAGAAGGCAAAAGUCGAACAUGGAGGAUCCUCAGGCUCUAAACAAAAUUCAGAUCAUAACAAUGGAUCAUUUAACUUGAAAGCUCUGUCUGGAAGUUCUGGAUAUAAGUUCGGUGUUCUUGCUAAGAUUGUGAAUUAUAUGAAAACACGACAUCAGCGAGGAGAUACACAUCCUUUAACUUUGGAAGAGAUUCUGGAUGAAACACAGCACUUAGAUAUUGGACUCAAGCAGAAACAAUGGCUGAUGACAGAGGCUUUAGUCAACAAUCCCAAAAUUGAAGUAGUGGAUGGGAAAUACGCCUUCAAACCUAAGUACAACUUGAAAGAUAAGAAGGCCCUGCUCAGGCUUUUAGACAACCACGACCAGCGGGGUCUAGGAGGGAUUCUCUUAGAAGACAUAGAAGAGGGAUUGCCUAAUUCCCAGAAAGCUGUCAAGGCUUUAGGGGACCAGAUACUGUUUGUAAGUCGUCCUGAUAAGAAGAAAAUACUAUUCUUCAAUGAUAAAAGCUGUCAGUUUUCUGUGGAUGAAGAAUUCCAGAAACUGUGGAGGAGUGUCACUGUGGAUUCAAUGGAUGAGGAGAAAAUUGAAGAGUAUCUGAAGCGACAGGGUAUUUCUUCCAUGCAGGAAUCUGGACCAAAGAAAGUGGCCUCUGUUCAGAGAAGGAAAAAGCCUGCUUCACAGAAGAAGCGACGGUUUAAGACUCACAAUGAGCACUUGGCUGGAGUGCUGAAGGACUACUCGGACGUUACCCCUGGCAAAUAGGGAACACUUUUAUUCUUAGACACAGUUCCAGACACAGUCAAGAUCUUUCUUGAUGCUUGGGAUCCCAAGACUUUCUGCCUUCCUGUCUGCUCCUCAGGACCGAGGAGAGGAGCGGUUCAGUUUACAGAGCAGGAUUGGAUUACCAAACUCACUCUUUUCCUCCAGCAGGCCAGGGGGGAUGGGUGUUCCUGUUUAACUUUCUGGGCUGGUUGGUUUUAUUUUAUUAGAAAGACACUUCGCAUGACACUCAGGUGUCUGCUAUUUAUCUUGAUUUCUAAAUGGUUCUGGAUUCCAUGUUUUCUCUAUUCUUAUAGAAGAAGUUGGAGGAUAGUGCUGAAUGCAGUUUUUGUUUAUUCCAAGAAAAAAUAUUUAUAAUAAAAUCAUUUGUAGGAAGCUGUUUAAGAAGUUAGGAAAUUCUGUUUGACUCUUACUUCUUGAGAAUGGCAGAGAGCAGCUGCAGUCCCUGACUUGUCUGGAUGGGUGUUCAGGGUGUGACAAAGAUUAGAGUCAGUACUGCUGGCACACAGGGUAUGCCUCUGGUUAAUAAGCUAAGCAAUAAAAUUACACUACAUAUAAAUGUUAAUGCUUUGUCUUAAAAGGCUAAGUCAGUUUAGUAAGUUGGAUUUGUGAUUUGCUACCACCUUGAACAUGGAUAAGGAAACUCUUCUUGCCAACCUGGACAUAUCCCAGGUUUACCAUAUCCCGGCUCUCACUCGGGUGAGAGCUGUCCUGCCGCUUCUGGUGAGGGGCCCUCGGUCACCUGUUAA